AUGAGACUGAGAUAUGUUCGUUCGUUGGAUCGGACCCCGUGGUUUGCUGUACUGACGUCACCACCACUGCCAGACCACCAGUCAUCACCACCACUCAAAGUGUACGACUACGUGAACAAUGACGGCACCGCCGUGGACUCUUGCGAGCCUCUCUCUCCAACAUUGACAGCCUCACGUACUGGGCAAAAGGCAUGGGACAAAUGCGUGGAGUACCAGCAGACGUACGUGUACACGUGCGACAAGGGCGUGGACCUGGUGGGGUCCGCGAGCCGCACGUUCCACUGCCACCACAACACCGACGACCUCAUCGUGGGCGGCGAGGACGCCAAAGAGUACGAGUUCCCACACAUGGUACAUAUUCAGCUACUAAUAGGGAUGAUGACUGGGUAAAAAAAAUGCAAUUCUAUUUAGUCCGUCAGUCAGAUAAUAGAAAAAUAUUAGAUACGUAUUUUUUUUACUUUAAUUUAACAAGAAAUAGCUUAGAUAACAGGCAUUGAAGUUGAGGAGUGGGGGCUCGCUACGUCACAGUUGAGUAGAAAACGCGUACUCUAACGUGACGUCAUGCGAAAUUUUAUGAUUACGAAAAAAAUAAAAAAAUACGUGUUUAAUAUUUUUGAACACUUUACCUGACGGACAAACAAACAAAAAUUAGUCAUCAUCCCUAUUAACGAGUAGGUUCCUGCAUGUAGUGAGUGCUCAUGCACAUGCUCGAUUCUAUAAUUUUUUUAACCGGGACAGGUACUUCGCAUGGCGCCCUUCCUCUGCCCUCCCCCCCCCACCCCUCUUUAAGGGGGCUUACGCUCCAUGACGCCGGAUUUUAUAUUACUACAGUUUUUCAACUUCGGAUUUUGAAGAUGUCCGUCUUGUCGUGGUUUAUAAUGUGAAUGAAAAGAAUUGUGAAGCUCGUUCUUUUUUUUAACUGUGAGUAGAUAUUACAUAAUGAUGAUUUUGGCGCCCUACUGAGACUGGCACUCAGGGCAAAUGUCUACUUGCACCCCCCUAGAUCCGUGUCUGCUAAUGCAAGUGCAAGUGAGUCAUAAGUGAGUACUUGGUACAGACAAUAUACAUAGGUACGGAUAUCCUACACUUGGUACAGUAAUUUGGCUGGUUCGGACAUGUGGAAAGAAAGGAUGAAAAAAUGAUAUACAACGCGAAAGUGGAUUAUUGUAUGGGAGCCCCCUCUUUAAUAUUUAAUUUAUUCUGUUCUUAGUAUGUUGUCGAACUAACCAAUUUUUGCCCCGGUUGGAAAAAAAUGUAGAUCCGGGCUUGUGCUAAUAUUUAAAAAGAAAGAAAGCACUAAAAAAGCACCUUCACUAGAUGGCGAAUCUAGUAAAAUAUUUUUGUAGGAAACGAAUGGAUAAAAGAUUUGCGUUCCUUUUAACUAACAUAUUAAAAAACUGAAAUUUGCAAAUACAUACAUAAAAAAGUACAAAUAGAGUAUGAGUUGUUUAUUGAGUUUUGAGAACUAAUUUACUUUUAUACAUGAAAGAAAACCGGAAAGGUUGUUAUGGAGAAAUCAAGAACGUACCGUAGCGACAUCUAGUUUGUUUUCGGGAACUAUAUAUUUUUUAAAUACUUUACUACUACAUUAUAACAUGUAUGAAUCUGCGUCAGGUGCUGCUCGGUUAUGGGGAUCAGUUGGAGAAUGUCCAGUGGUUGUGCGGUGGUUCUCUAAUAAGCAACAAUUACGUGCUCACAGCCGGACAUUGUACCGUCAGCAGAGAUUUUGGUCCCAUAACAUACGCUCUUAUGGGAGCUCUAAAACGAUCUCAAACCAUAGACCCGACAAAGUUAAGGCGAGUGAAGAGACUGAUACCGUAUCCACAAUAUGCGCCCCCCGGUCGAUAUCACGACAUAGCGCUGCUGGAACUGGACGCACCGUGAGUACAAAACAAAGUCGCUUUCCGUUGUCUUUACGCUGAGAUGUUUUAUAUUAUAUUACGAACAUACAGAUUCAAGAGGAAGGUUUAUAUGUAUAAUAUAGAACCACGCGGAUUCAGAUCUGGGACAAUAAAUAUAUUUAUUAAAGUUCAUUGUCUGCAUUAAACUGACCAAUAUACGACUCACUGGGCUCCUUAGUCAACCUUCCUUUUAGGUUCCUUAGUCAACCUUCCCCAUAGCGUGGGUUUAAAAGAAAAACUAUCUCACUUAAGUCGGUUUUACAAGAUUACGACUAAGUCGAUCAAUUGUAAUUUACUCGAAAAUUUUGUACAACCAAGUGGGAAACAACAAGCAUGAUUUAUUUUUUAUUAUUUUUUUUUGUUUAAUAUGACUUGUCUCUUGGCCGGUUAACACAUUGUAUGUAACGAGUGUAUCGUUCCUCUGUCUAGUGUGACGUUGAGUCAGUACCUGGUGCCGGCGUGCCUGCACGUCGCCAACGACACGGUGCGGGACGAGCGCGCCUCCGCCACCGGCUGGGGGCUCACCGAGCACAGGGGGGCCACCGCAGACCAUCUGCAGAAGGUGGUAUUAACAAAGUUCUCCACUAACGAAUGCAAAGAGAAGUUCCCGGUGCACCGGCACAUGAAGCAAGGCUUCGACAGUAACACCCAGAUAUGUUACGGUGACAAGCUCAAGUCGAAGGACACGUGCCAAGUAAGAUAUACUUUAGUACCAAGUUUGCUCCAUCACCACCAGCCUAUUAAUGUGCCCAAUGAGAGGCAUGGCGUUCCCUAUGGAUGUGUUUAACCCGCACGCGGGCCCAUUGCGGAUUGGUAAAUAUUAACGAAUGCAGACAUAGCUAAUUGUAAGAUCAUCUGCUUAACGUGCCUUCCAAAUCACUGAGUUCGAGGUAAUAAAUUUCUUGACACCCAUCCUAUGACAACGUUAUUUGACAUCUGUAGCGACCAAACUCGCUAACAAUGGAGUCAUCGAGCUCCUGGCAUAUAAAUUAUUUUAUGUUAAUAAAUUUUACUAUUACAUUGUAUUAAAAAAAAAAAAAUACUAUUACAUAGAGUAGCUCGGUGGCGUAGUGGAUAAGCGCGGCGGCCCGCGAUCGUUGUCGUUAAGCAACUUUCGCAAGGGUCGGUUACAGGAUGGGUGACCAAAAAAUAUUAUCUCGAGCUACUUCGUGCUUCGGAAGGCACGUUAAGCUGUUGGUCCCGGCUGCAUUUGCAGUCGUUAAAACCCUCUAAUGCGCAUUGGGCCAGCGUGGAGGGUCAUAGCCUAUACUCCUUAACCCAUCCAUAAGGAAGGCCUGAGCCCCUGCAGUUGGGACGUAAAAGGGCUGAUGAUGAUGAUGAUUUAUUCAGUCUAGGCUGUUACAAUUAAAAACAACUCAAAUACAUUUUUCUGACAUAACUAUGAAUCGUUUAAAACAGCGGCGACAGCGGCGGUCCUCUGCAGAUAAAAAGUCAGAAGAUCCGUUGCAUGUACAUGAUAGUGGGCGUGACGUCCUUUGGUAAGGCGUGCGGUAACGUCGGCGACCCGGGUAUAUACACGCGCGUGUCGCAGUACGUGCCCUGGAUAGAGAGUAUAGUGUGGCCUUAAAUAAUAUCACUGUUACUCCCGAUAGUUCCACGUCGAGGCAUGUUUAUAAGUUACAUUUUUGAAAGGCACAUUAUCAUUCCUAGUUUGCUUGCUCGCGUAAACCUUAACGCCACGCUUUAAAGUCUAU